CCCCUCUUGCUUGCUGCCUUCCCUCACUCCUCCUGACCCCCCUCACCCCUGCGUUCGGUGCGCCAGAUUGAGUUCAGCCCCUUCGGCUGGAGGCUCGGGUUUAUCUGGAACCAAAGAGAAAGCCACUCAGGAGCUGUGCGCCGUGAGGUGAAGAAAGGCGCUGGGGGGGAGUUUCGAGACGAACGGGAACCGGGGAUUUUACCUUUUUCCGUAUAAACUCGGGUUUGUGAGGGCGAGCGGGGAGCCAUGGCGAUGUUCUCUGCUCUUUGGGUGCUCUUACUGUGCCAGCUUUUGACAUCAUCCUCAGCCCAGAGGCCGGGCCCCAGAGGAGCUCCUGGGCCACCAGGACCCCCAGGGCCACCGGGAAGGGAUGGCACUGAUGGUAAACCUGGACCUGCUGGAUUGUCAGGGAAAGCAGGUCCCAAAGGGAAAGCAGGAAUACCAGGUGUACCAGGAAAACCAGGCCUGCCAGGACUUCCAGGGGUGGACGGUUUGACAGGUCCCGAUGGUCCUUCUGGGAAGGAUGGCCCCCCAGGGGAACCAGGUGAUCCUGGACCUGCUGGGCCACCUGGAUCUCCUGGCAGAGGGAGACCAGGAGCUCCAGGACUACCUGGAACCAAUGGGUUGCCAGGCGGAGUCGGACCCCAGGGUCCAGCGGGUGCUGAGGGUCUUCCAGGACUUCCUGGACCUCCUGGCCCUGAUGGACCACCAGGUCUUCCUGGUACUCUUCAUGAUCUCAGCGGUGACCUUCUGUGUCCUGCAAUCUGUCCCCCUGGUCCCUCUGGUCCUCCUGGGAUGCCAGGAUUCAAGGGUCACACGGGGCAUAAAGGAGACAAGGGAGAGCCUGGAAAAGAUGGAGAGAAGGGUGAUGCUGGUCCACCUGGCCCACCAGGUAUUCCUGGGACUGUUGGUCUGCAGGGCCCACGGGGUCUCAGAGGUUUACAAGGCCCAAUGGGAGCUGUAGGAGACAGAGGCUUGCCUGGUUUCAGAGGCAAACCUGGCAUCGCCGGCAUCAUUGGAAAGACAGGUGACAGCGGAGAAAAAGGACCACAGGGAUUCAAAGGACCCAAAGGAGAAAUUGGUAAAAUUGGGCCCAAAGGAGGUCCUGGGGGAGCAGGACCCAAAGGGGAGCCUGGUAUUCCUGGCAGAGACGGCAAAGAUGGUACACCAGGAUUAGAUGGCGAGAAGGGCGAUGCUGGACGCCAUGGGGUAGUCGGAGAGAAAGGACCAAACGGCCUUCCUGGUCUACAAGGAAAGGCUGGUGCAAAGGGGUCUAAAGGAGAAGUUGGUGAUCCUGGGAAGGCCGGGGAGACGGGGCCUUCUGGAGAGCCAGGUAUUCCUGGUGACAUUGGCAUUCCCGGAGAAAGGGGGAUAGCAGGACCCAGAGGAGUGGCUGGAGGUAUUGGACCAGCGGGCAAUGCUGGGCCUCAGGGAGUGAAAGGCUUCCAGGGGUUAAAAGGAGCCUUGGGGGAUCCAGGUCUUCCAGGUCCAACAGGAAUCCGUGGAGAGUUUGGUGACAGAGGUCCAGUUGGAGCUUCUGGGGCUAAAGGAGACAUGGGUGUAGCAGGAAGUGAUGGUUUACCAGGAGAGAAUGGAGAACCUGGUCCUUUUGGCCCAGUUGGACAAAAAGGAGAGCCGGGGAAGCAGGGUGAACUGGGACCUAAGGGCGUGACAGGUCCACAAGGAGAGCUUGGGGCAAGAGGGCCCCCAGGAAAACAAGGACCAAUGGGCUUCCAAGGGGAGCAGGGUCAGCCUGGAAUUGCAGGAAAGACAGGUGUACCUGGUAAACUGACAAGCGAGCAGCACAUCAGAGAGUUGUGUGGCUCAAUGAUCGAUGAUCAGAUUGCACAGCUGGCCGCUAACCUUCGAAGACCCCUGGCCCCUGGAAUGGUGGGCCGCCCUGGCCCUGCUGGUCCUCCAGGAAAGCCAGGAGUAGCUGGCUCUAUUGGGCAUCCAGGUUCCCGUGGACCACCAGGGUACAGAGGCCUGGCAGGAGAACUUGGAGACCCAGGUCCCAGAGGUGAUGUUGGUGAGCCUGGUGAUAAGGGAUCGAUUGGCAAAGCCAUUGAUGGGCCCACUGGAGACCAAGGACACCAAGGUCUUCCAGGAGUACCUGGUAUUGUCAAAGAUGGGCGUGAUGGAUCUCCAGGUGAUCCAGGUGAGCCUGGAGAGCCAGGCAGGGUAGGUAGGACUGGGCACCAGGGAACUCCUGGAAUCUGUGAUACAUCAGCCUGCCAGGGAGCAUCAGUCGCUGGAAAAUCCUCCAACCCCAAAAACCAUUAAACAUGACUUCCUGCAACCUGAAGCCAUCCGCCCCAAGGAGGAAGGAGGAAGGGUGAUAAGUGAGGGAAGGAAGGAACGAAAGAGUUAUCACAAAAAUGUCCUCUUUAUUUAUAUACUUGUAUCACAAGAUGGGAAGAGUAACAUCAACAGGUGUGAUAUUUUGAGAGGAAUAGAGGAACAUCCCAGGAUUGACAUGAAUCCCAGAGCAACUGAGAGACAAAAACAUUGAGAUGACAUCCAGAAAUACAGUGGAGAAAGGCACGGAAGAGUCCGAGAGAACAACUGCAUUGCUCCAAAUACUACAGUAUCACAUAAAAAGACUUGACUUACAAACAACUGGAAAAUGAAUGAUGAGUCCUUUGUGUAUAAAAACUUUGUACAUGUUGUUUCCAUGCCCCCAUUACCUUGGUUACCAUCCUUCUGGCAGAUGACACUCUAAAAACAGUGACUGUCCCUGAAGUGAAUGUGCAUGUAUCAUGGCCCAUUAAUGUAAAUCACAGGUGUUACCUCAACAUACAAGCUUACAGUGUAAAAUAUGGAAAUAGGUGGCAUAGGCAAAAAGCCUCUGUCAAGGAGCUGUGUAUGUAUUGUAAAAGGAAUAAAAAACACAAAUACCCAGAUGUCCAGAAAUUGUGUAGAUUAAUGCAAAAAAAAAAAAUUCACUUUUUGAUAGUCUUUUUUUUUACUGUUUUUUUUUAAACUACAUGUGAAGUUGAUUCUCUAGAUUUGAGAAUCAAAAACAAAAUAAAACUUGUGGAUGCAUAAAUCAGUCAUUGUAAAAUCAAUUUAAGAAUCUUAGGAGCAAAGUAUUUUUUUCCUUCUUUUUUUGUUUACAUCUAAAAUGAUCACAUCCACUAUGUACUACCGGUGCUGUAACUAUUAAAUAUACAUGACCUUAAAUACUAUUUAUUAUUUGUGGGUAACUGUUGUAUGUACAGUAAGAUGCUACAGCGACAUGUUGUAAGAAAGAACAAAUAAAGCCACUUUUCAGUAAAA